GCGUGUCCACAUACUCUCAACUGCUUAGGAGUGAUUGAUACAUAUUCACAUAAAAAGAAAGGAAGAGUUAAAUUUCGAAAAAUGCUUGCCAGUCUAGGUAUUGAAGGCGAUGAACGUGAGGGACCGAAGCAUCGCCAAGGCCGCCGCCAUAUCUCUCACGAUGAAGGUCAUAUCAGUGAGCUCUUUUCCCAUCCCGAGACGCAAAAAAGCACCUCUGCGGCUGAACUCGAAGGGAAGCCACAUGAUUCUACAUCCAAUGCUGUUUUAACGGAGGUAUCUGCCAUACAGGGCAGGCAUAAGCCGAAGGAUAAUCUCAAUCUGUUUUCAUGCGACGAACCCAACGAGGCCCCUAAAUUUCGUCCUGGAAAGGGUCGUGUUAACGCCACUGAAGGGGUAUUUCGACAAGGAAUGCAUGAACGAGGUCCUCUCCUCAGAGAAACCGACGAGCAGAUUCGCAACAAAGAAUCACAAAAGUUUUCAAUGUGCCCAAAUUCUCACUUCCUUGGCUUUGAAAAAGAAAACGCUUCCUCACAAAAGAAACUUUCAGCUGAUAAAAAAGUGCCCCCAACCGAGUUGGGUUAUGGUAUGGCCGAUAACCUGAACAAUAAGCCUGGACUCGCACGCGUGCGGUGUGGAAAGAAGAUAUUACCACAGCCCGUCGGUUCCCUUGAAUCGAAGUCAGCUGAAGAGGUGGACGGUUUCCCUGGACUGAGUCCUCAACGUUCAACGAAGACUGGUCGUCGUGUUUUUGGUUGAGUCGCCUGUUAAUCCUUUGACUAUUUUAUGUAUUAUGUAUAGUGGUUCUAGAACUGUUUGGGGAAAAUAAAAGCAAAUGUUUGUAUAAAGAUAGAAAUGUUGUAAUUUUUCCUAACGAAUGUUACACUACACAUUAUAGUCGCCGAGAAAAAAGCUCAUAAGAUAGUUAGGGUAAAUUAUUGCCGCGCUUACUGAGGACUUGCUUAAUAUAUAUAUAUAAAAUUAACAUAUGGUAUUUUUAUUCCUUCCCAGUCAAUUGUACAUACACAGUAGUAGUUUGCAAGAAAAAAAUGUUGUUGCUUCUCUCAUUAGAACGGGAGACUGAAGAACAAAUAGAAGUGCAUCGAGUAGCGCAACAGCUGAAUUAAUGUUUUUUGUUUCUUUUUUCUCUCAGUAUUUUAUUUUAUGCUCGAAUUGUUUAAAACUUUAUACCAUAUCGUUUCCUUCUCUAAAAUGAAUUUAACGUCAUUUACAAACAAAAAUAUUCAAUAGAGAAUAGGCACUAAAGUGGCAAAUAAAUAUACUUUGAGCUAGCAAGAAUAAGAACCGUUUAUAUUAGGAUUUUUUUCAUGUCAAAAUAAUUGUCCUAUUAUUUAAUACUCAUUAUCAGUUUCCUCUUCGUAUUAGGUGUAUGACUUUUUCUAUUUCAGUGUUUUGAAGGGAACAAUA